CGCUAUCAGUCUAGUAUACGGUAGGUAUUGGAAAUCUAGGCUGAACGUUUCUCGUUUGUCAAGAUAAAUAAUAUAAUUAUUAUCCACUCAAUUAUUAAUAUGUAAUGCAUAAUAUUUUCCUUUUAGUGGACACCUAUCUUAUGUUAGAAUAAUUUUGCGGGUAGGUACCUAUGUCGAAUGCAUAUUUCAUUCAUGAUGAUUGAAAAUAUUUGGACGAAUCAUAUUAACUACUAAGGUAAGUACCCAUCUUUCUAAUACAAUUGGUGUCUUUUGAUGUCUAUUGAUGUCUUGGAUGUUUUGAAAAUUGUUAACUUAUGUAUUACUUAUGUAAUAAUAUCAUUCCAAACUAUUAUUUAUCGACAUUUAGGCUAUAAUAUCAUUAUUUUAUUAUACUGUAUUUUGCAUGCACUCGAAGAGUGUUCAUUAAUAUUAAAUUUAUAAAAUUGAAUUGUAUUAGUGUGUUCAAUUUAUUCAGUUGAUUAUUUUGUUUUUAGUUGAUAAUAUAUCUUAACCAAAAGACUACAUAAUUUUAAAAUCGUCUAAUGGGGAAGAUUAUUACAGAUUUAUGUAAUGGACUUGAUACAUUUAAGGUACCUAUUUACUUUCACAUUUAAUUAUAAAAAAAAAAAAAAAAUUCUUAAUUUAAUCGAUGAUUAUUGAUAUAGUUUUAUGUUCACAGGUUUUUUGGACAACAGUGUUAGAAAAUGGGGCUGUUGUAUUUGAUCGCUGGUCGUUGCAAUCACAUGAAUUCAUUUUGGAAUCUUUGAAUUCCAGAUCUAUACGAAAUGCACAUGAAGGCAUUCAUUUAGCAUUAGAACAACUCACAGAAACAUGGGUAGAAGCAAAAUGUGUGUUUCAGCAAUAUAACUUGGAUUUUUUCAUUGAUGCACUACAAUCAAAAAUAAUUUACUUAACUGGCAAUAACUGUAAGUUAUUUGAAAUUAUGAUUUUGUUUAUAAAUAAUUCAUUAACCAAGGUUUUAUACCUGUUUCAAGUCAUAAUAAUAUUUAUUUUAUACAUUAUUAAAUAUGCAUUUUAUGUAAGCAAUGAGAUAACAUUUGUUUUCCACUGAAUUAAUUUUUAUAAUAAUAAUAUCUAUGACAUAGGACACAGAUGUUAUAAGCACUGUUUUCAUAAUUUUACAGGAGAAUGAUUUUAAAGUUUAUACUGCUAUAACAAAUCAAAAAUGUAACUUAUUAACACGAACUUUGUGUUACAUUUUCGUUGACAAAUAAUGAGUAAUUAGGAAUAAAAAUUAUUGUUGUACUGUUGACAUAUGAGGUGUGACAGAAAAGUAAGGAGACUUUCUAAACAUAAGCUAAAUCAUUAAGGUUAUCUAUAAAGCGAUUACUGAAAUAUGAUUAUGAAACGCUUUUCUAAAAGUAUUAUUAGUAUUUAUAAAAACUGUUAAUUAUUUUCAUAUUUAUUAGCUCUGUGUGUGUUCAACUAUUUUGCCGGAAAAGUAAUAGAUUUCUUGUUAAAUUAAACAAAAUUGCCGUGGAAUCAUUUUGGAUAUUAAGCAAAUUUUAUGGUGAAGAAUGCUUUUCAUGAAUACAUGUUUUUGAAUGGCACAAAAAGUUUUGUAGUGUCAAAGUUAUUCGGCAAGAUCAUCAAUUAAGUGUUAGAGUUGUAGCAGAGAUGAUUAAUAUUGAUAGAAAAAGUAUUUGUAGAAUUUUAAUUGAAAAUUGAAGUAUAAAAAUAUUGUGUUCCUAAAUAAAUUUAACGUUGCAUCAACAUUUUUUAACUGAAAAAAAUAUUUCUGUAUUACAAUACCCUCUACUUUAUAAACACCUUGCGUCUUGAAACUACUUCCUAUUUCCAAAGUUCAUUAAAAGGAACCCAUUUUCAAACAGCUGAUGAUGACUAAAUGGAAACUGUAUAGUUUCUAAAAGGGUUUACUGAAAGUGAUUGGUAGCACUACUUUCAUGAAUAGCAGUGUUGUAUGGAACAGUGAGUAGUUACUGAAGGAAACUACUUUGAAGGUGAUAGUUGGAGAUCAUAUUAGGAGCGCUUAAAUACUGUGACCGUAAAAAUCUGGACUGUAAAAAUUUUGGAAUCCGUAAAAAUCUGGAAGGUACAAAACUGGACUGUAAAAAUCUGGAGGCAUACAAAUCUGGAAUAAAAAAUUAUAUGACAGUAAAAUACUUGAACAUUUAACACAAGGUUCUUUAUAAGUUCUACGCGUGAGGUUUUUUUAAAUAUUAAAUUUCAAAUUUAUGCCAUCCAGAUUUGCACCAUCCAGAUUUGUAUGCACUCUCCAUUUAUUUAUGAACCUUGAUAUCUUUUAAAAUCCUUAAAAUAUGUUUUUAUUGUGUUUAAAAUAAGCAGUGUAUUCUUUUAAUAUUUUUAAAAAAAAGAUACCAGAUAUACCAGAUAUAGGAUGUUUUAUGUCCUUAAAAGGCCUAAAUAUUCUUUUAAUAUUCUGAAAACAAAAAAAAUUUAAUUUGAAUUUUUAGUUUAAAUUAAAUUGCAUUGUUAAUUUGAUUUAAAACAUUUUUCAUUACUUUUUUUAUUAUAAAAAAUAAUAAAAACAGUAUUGUUUUACAAAUGUAUUGUAUUCAAAUUUAAAAAAAAAACUUACAAAUGUGAUCACAAUAUUAAAUGAUAAUAAUAUUCAAAUGAUAGUAAAACUAAAAAUUAAAAACAAUGUAAACAUCAUUUACAACAUAUUUUCUGCAUAAAUUUCAUGCAAAUACAAAUAUAAUAAAAUCACUUGCAACAGUAUAUAUCUGUACUUGAGAGGCAGAAAGGUCCAUUAUUGUAACUUUUUAGGAGAGCCAAAAAACGUUUUUCAACUAUUAUACCACCCAGGUUUGUUUUAAAUUAUAGGCUAUAAGGUAAAUAUAUUUUCUUUUAAUUAUAACUUACCUAUAGUUGUUUAUUUUAUAAUUUAAAUGAAACAUUAGACAUUUUAGACUUGGAUUGAUUUGCUCAAUCACAAAAUGACUUGGACCUUAUUGAUCUCUAUGUUAAUUUUGAUUAUUUUAAAAAUAUUAUAUUAUACUAUAAAUUAUAUUAAUAAUUAUUAUAACAUGGACUGUUGUAAACUGUAAUAUAGAUAAAAAAUAUAAUAUAUUGAAUAAUUUACAAUCUUUAAAAAUUAAGGUAAUAGUAAAGUUACCAGUUAAAUAUAAAAAUUGUUUAUCUCUAUAAAAUGUUUUAUUAUAUCAAUAAACAAUAUUUAACUAAACAGUGUUUAUAAAAGUAAAAAUUAGAACAAAAUGUAUUUUAAAAACAAAUCUUUAUUUAAAACAUAAUAAAUAAAAAUACAUAACAAUCUUGGUUUAAUAUUAUAACUCAAUAUUAAAUCGUUAUAAUAGUAUAAAUAAAAACAAAACAUAUUUUAAAAACAAAUAUUUUUUCUUCAGCAUAUUAAUUUAGUCUAUAAAUAUACUCUUCUUUUCUUAUCCCAUUUCUGGUAUUUUCAGCAUGUGGUAAAUUUUUAAAACAGUCAUGGUAUACAGGUGGUAUCCAUUACAGUAAUAUUUAAAGAUUUUGAAAUUUUAAGAUAUUAAUAAGUUUCAAUGUUGAUCUGACUUGUGGGAUAAUGUUAGGAAUAUCAAUUAUUGAUUUAUUAUUCACUCUUCUUUUAUUUCUAUUUAAAUUAAUUGUCUUGAACUCUGUCUUAUUUUAUUAUAAGUACACCUAAAUUUUUUUUUUUAUCUACAACCAAACAACUUUUAAAAUGUGAAAUAAAUCCCCAUUGUCAUUUUUUUGGGGAGGAGAGAAAAAUGGUGCAUUUUUUCCAUUAUACAACUUUUCAAAAUUUUUCAAAUCUUCAAUCUCUAUCAAAUGUACUGUGGUAGGAUUUUUUACACAAGCAGUUUCUAAAAAUUGUUCCCAAUUUUUUGGGACUGAAAGGGGUAUAAGAGGAAAACGUUUUUUUUCUUUUCUAUAACUGAAUGCACACUGCCAACUUCUAAAUAUGUAUGACCUCUAAAUAGAUAUUUAUGGUUUAUUUUUUGAAGAUUAGAAUAUUUGAACAAUAAUCAAAAAUAUGCCAUAACUUGUUAAGUUUAUAUUUUGUUCUGUAAAAUUAUCAGUACAAAGAUUAACUUUAUAGUACUUUAAUGUUGUACUUCAUUUUCAAUCCACAUACAUAAAACAGAUGCAAUUUCAUUUAUACUUCAUGAUGUUGUAUAUGAUUAUUUAUUUAACAGCCCAGUUCAGUGAUUUUAUUUUAAUUUUACUUAGUGUUUUUGUUUUAAUUCAAAUAAAAAUUGAGUUAAAAGUUUAAAAAGUCAGUUUAACUUGCAUUAAAAUGGAAUGGACCAAGACCAACAUAAUACAAUUGAUUGAACUAUAUCAAUCUAAACAUAUGUUGUAGAAUGCUAAUCAUCCAAAGCAUUUUCACAAUAAUAUAAAUAAAAAAGAUAUACUUAUGUACUAAAAUAAAAGACAACAGAAAAAUCUGAGACUAGGGGGAACAGGGCCUGAUUUAAAGAAAUAUAGAGAGAGAGGCCUUUUGCACUAUAUUUACUUUGGUGCCCUAUUCAAAUUAAAAAAUAAAUAAUAAAAAUUAAAAAGAAAAAAUAUAUUUAAGAGAUAGUUUGUAUCAAAUACGUUAAAUUAUAUCAAAUUUAUAUCUGUACAUCACAGACAUUUUAUUAAAAGUCAACUUCUAUAACCAUUUUUUUCUUAUAAUUAUUUGUUAGCAAAUUCAGCAGUAAUGUUUUUAAAUGAUUGAUUGCUGGUAACAAUAAAUAAUUUAUUCAGUUUUCUUUUAAUUAAUAAAAAACGUUAUUAUAGUUAUUAUAUCUUUAAGUGCAAAAUAUAAUUAAAUUAAAAAAAUGUUAACAUUCUGAUACAUAAUAAUUACCUAAUUAUUUAACCCUUAUUAAUCGUAUAUCUACCAAAAAUAUAAAAGUGUACAAUUUUUUUUUAGUGUAGGGAGGCUCCUUGGAAUCUGGGGGGCCUGGGUGGGAAGUGCGUAACAUAAGACGAACAUUGCAACAUUAAAAACAUAAACUAGGACUAGUAUUGUGCAACAAGUCGUGUAUCAUGUUGCGUGAUACGUGAUAGGCGUGAAUUUUGCAAUUGUGGAUCCAGUUUUAAACUACCCGCAUAUAGGAUUUAAGUUUAAAUGGUAUUAUCGAUUAUCUAUACUCCGUUCGUUACAACUAGGCGGCGCCUAAAACUAAUUAUUGCAUAUUCUCCCACUAUUCCAGCGCGAGCACUUGCUGACGGCUGCGCGGUGGCAUUCAGAUAAUGGUAGCUAGGUGAGGGAUGUACAAGCGUGUUGCGGUCUCACAGCGAAUGGAGUAUUAUCAGCUGUGGUAUUACGAAGAGUGACGUAUGCCUUGUAGCUACCCACUCUCUUAAUAUUGCCAAAAAAAUUAUAUACAUAAUUCCAUUUUAUUAUUUUAAACAAAUUCGUCACUUACAAUAUCAGUGUGCUAUGUCAUCGAUAUUAAGCUAUAUAUGUAUGAAGCGGCAGUAUACUAGUACUUCACUUUACCUAAAUAAACCAUUUUUUCUUUUUGUAGUCAAUCGAAGCCAUGUUUAUAUUGGUUUUGCUGGUCUAUUUCUCGGUAGUGGAGUAGGAUUUUUGAUUGGUAUCAGUGUUAAGCCUUCUUCCAUCACAGUAACUCAUAUGAAAGCUGUUUCUGCUACUAAUUAUAAUGGAAUUGAAGUAAUUCUUAAUUAUUAUGUUUUAUAUUGUCAUUGUAUUUAUACAUAUAUUAAUUUGUAGAGUAUAACUUUACUGGAAGACAUCGUAACUCCAGCAAUUACUGAACCCAAUCAAGUUAUGAUUAUGGUUAGAGCUGCUGCAUUAGACCAGAUGGAUGUUUUAAUAGCAUCAGGCUAUGGAUCAUUUAUAAGAAAAUUUUUAUUGAAAUAUACGCGACAUGUAAGUAUAGAAAUGAUAUUAACACUCAAUUGGUCUCAUAGCUGUUUAAAAGACUAGUAAUUUUGAUUUUUAAUUUUUUUAAAUCGUAGUUUUAUUUUGUAAUUCAUAGUACCUUAUUUAUGUAUACAAAUAAUUUCAAUGUAUAAACAUUUUAUAAUUAAUUACUGAGAAGUUAUUUUCCGUCAUAAAUACCAUGUGCGGCUACUUUUGUAAGAUCAUAAUGACUGUGUGACUAACCAAGUAAUGUUUUUAGUGCAACCAACAUAGAGUUGAUAUUAUUAUACAAUAUUGAUGUACUGUUAUAAUCAAAUAUUAAAUUAACUAUUAUCAAACAAGAAUUUUUUUCAGGCUAAUAUUGUUUACAAAUAAACAGUUAAAUGUUUAAAUUAUUGUUUACAGAAAUCAAUGCAUCGAGAAUUUCCCCUUAUAUUAGGCCGAGAUUGCUCAGGUGUUGUUAUUGAUUUAGGAUCAGAUGUACGACAUGACAUUAAUAUUAAUGAUGAAGUAUGGGUGUCUCUGCCACCUUGGUCUUUUUGUGGUACUCUAUGUGAGACAAUAGUUGUAGAAGACAAAUAUGUUGGUCACAAACCACAAACAUUAUCUCAUGAACAAGCUGCAACAUUACCAUAUUCAGGGACUCUAGCAUGGCUAGCUGUAUUUCAAACAGCCAAUUUGACUUCAUUAAAUGCUAUUGACAAAAAGUAAUAUACUAAUUUUUAACAUUUUACUUGUUCAUCAAUAAAAAAUUAAUCUAGAGACAUAAUUAUAUUAUAUAAAAAUACAGUGCAUUUAAUUAGAAUAUUUAAAAUAAUGUGAAUUAUUAUAAUUUUAUGCGAAUUACAUAUUAAUAUUUAAUAGUAUUCGUAUUUUGAGUUUUAAAAUAUACAAUUCAUAGCACUAUUAAUAUACAUUAUUUAAAAUAAUUUUCAGAAUCUGUGUGUACUGUAGAGAUACAAGUGUAUGUUUGUUAAUUACUCAACUGUGUUACAAUUUGGGAGCAGAAGUAACAAUUGUGGGUACAGAUCGUGUUUGUCGUCUUAUGAAGUAUUUUGGAGCUAAAAAUACAUAUGAUAAAGAAACUUUCAGCAUUGACCAGUUACUUAGUACUGCACCUAAUGGGUAAAAUUAUUUAUUAAUAGUAUUUUGUGUAUUAAAUAUAAUUAUUUACUAUUUAUGUUUAGAUACGAUUAUGUAUUUAAUACUGCUAGUGAAAUUCAUAAUACUCUAUGUAAGCAGUUAUGUAAAGAUGGUGGUAAACUAAUACCCUUAGCACCACAUCAGUUUCAAUAUGAUUCAUAUGGUCCAAUCCAUCAAUUUUUCAGUAUGCUUUGGUUAAAGUUGACUUAUGUAGGUUUAUUUGAAUAUUAGAGUUAAAUAUUUUAUAAAUCAUUAUUAAUGUAUUACAUUUUAGAUUUUCAAAAAUACCAAAUCUUGGGACCAUUAUGAAUUUGAUUUUAGAAUACUAAACGAACUCAGUAGUAUGGCUGAUAGUUUCAUUAUCAAGCCUGUGUUGGAUACAACUUUUAUGGAACAUGAGUUUGAUCGAGCAUUCAAACGCGUAGAAAAUAACCAAAAUAUUGGAAAAGUUGUUCUGAAAUUUAGGUAUAAUAUUUUAACCAUUAUAAUUUAUUUAUUCUUGUCUUUUUUUUUAAUUCUUGUGGUUUUUUUUUUAGUAAUUUAAAUAGUUCUACAGCCAUGGUGCCUCGGUCUUCAGGCAUUUUGUUUUAGUACAUUUAUGAAUCGGUUAUUUGUGAUUGUUUCUCCAAGCAAUCUGUUGAUUAUUUUGAGUGUAAUUUUGUGUUUAUUAUUUGUGAUGUGAUUUUUUGAUUUUUAUUCUUGUUAAUCAAAAUUAUAGGUUAAAAAUGAGAGUAAACUAGUGUAUUAUGAUUUCAUAGAAUUAGUAUUUUUGGUUUAUUACUUAAAAAAUCUAGCUAUCUAUUUUUAUUUACUUAUAGAUUAAGUAUUUUACUUACUAUUAAUAAUAAAUGUGUUUUGGUUAUGCUGUUUUAAGCUACUUGGUAAUUAAUUUAGUGAACAUAAUAUUUUAAUAACCAAAUGUGCUUUUUAACAAUCAGAGCACUGAAAUCGGUGACCAAUUGAAAACUAUAUUUUCUGUCUUCCAAUGGGUUAUUCAUUGGUUAAAUACUGAGCACUAAACAAAAGAUUUUGAUGAUAUUGCAACCAGAUAGCAAACUGUUUACCAAAAACUGCAUUGCCAAAACACAUCUCGUGUUUUGAUUUGACAAUUAUUAAUAUGCGCUAAAACUGCAUGAGCACAACAAAAGAUUUUUCAUAUCAAUGAAGAAAAUAUUAUAAAUACUAAAAUUGGUAAUACAAAUGUGCAAAUAAACUCAGUGCAAUUAGUCCUUCAAAUCAAAAACACUUUAUAAAAUAAAAAAGACAACUUAAUAUUAAAAUUUACUUCUUAGAUAUUUAUUAUGUUAUGAUCCAAGUGGAAAAAUAAUCAUUGUAAACACCGAUUAGGAGUUUUACACAACUUCCCAGUUUUCAAGCCACAUGGAUAAUUAUAUACAUAUACUAGACACUGUAUACAAUAGCCAUUACUAUCAGUACCAAGUAUAGAAAUGUUUAAUAUGCUUAGUUUAUUAUAGCUUUACAUUUAAAUCUUGUCUCACAUUUUUUCUCUCCUAAAUUGGAAAACAGCCUAGUUGGUUCUAUAAAUGAUAACCAUGAAUGUCUAGCACAUUAUUAACACUAACAAACUGUUAUUUGCAAAUUGUAAACUGAUUUCUACUAUAAUGAUACUAUAGUUUACCUUUAAUUGUAUCUAAUUUGUAUUUUCAGUCUUCCAAUAUUAUCAAAUUUUAAUUACACAUUACUACAUUAAUGAACAUGUUAAGAAUGCAAAUUUAAUUGUUUAUAAAACCUGACUAAAUUAGUUUCAAAAUUGAUCUUAAGUCACUUUGAGCUCUGUCUACAUCUAGAAUUUUUAUUUUUACAUAUUGUCUAAUUUUUUUUUUUUACAAAAUUGUCUUUCUAUGACAGAUUUCAUUUUAUAAGCUUCAACUUAUAAAUUUUGAACAAAUCCAGUUCUUAGCUAUAUUGUUUAAAAUUAAGAUUUUGUGUCCAGAUUACUUGCUUUUUAAAUUAUACUUCAAUCAGUUCAUCAAAAUCAAUAUUAUCUAUCUUUUUAUGACCUUAGGUAGGUACUGAAUUAAACUUGUAAGUUUAGUAUGGCUAUUAUAAAUAGUACAAUUGUUUUGUUAUUCUACUUGGACUGUAACAUAUAUAUUAUGUAUUCGUAUAAUUAUGGUAAAUUCUUAAAUAAAGGUCUAACUUAUAUUUCUACACAUUGUAUUGUAUAACAUUAAAUAUCAUGUUUAUCAUCCCUAAAAUUAUCUUAAAAAUAUGUAAACAAAAAUUGUAUUUCAUCAUUUCACAUAAAUUAAUAUAUAAGUUUCAAUCAUCCAUUUCAUCUACUGAAUAUUUAUAGAUAAUAUAACAUUGUAGCUAAUUAUAUUUUAUUAUUUCUAUAAUAAAGAUACAUUAUAACACGCUGUUAUAAAAUGUAUUAUCAGUAGGUACUUAUUUUCUUAAUGUGCCUCCACUUACUUAAGUUGCUUAUAUGUCACAAAAAUACAAUAAUAGCCAAUAUACACAAUAACAAAUGUUAUGUAAAAAAAUAAACAAUACAGAAUUAAUUACAAAUGACCCACUGUGAGUAAGCUAAGAGAAUCAAUUAUUCACUGUGGGGACCCUUAUAAUUAAAAAUAUUCACAAAAGAUUAUUUCUAAAAUAUUUUGAAACAAGAAGUACCUAAGGACAAAAAUUAAUCUUGUUUUUAAUUUAAACAAUAAAUAAAUAAUAUAAUUUAUCAUUGAACUACUUAUUAUUAAUAUUAUGCACAACACUGUUUUAUUUUCAUUAAAGGAUAAAAUAAUUAUUUUACUAUGGACAAAGUUAAAAUGUAAAAUCUACAUUAUUAAAUGGGUAGAUACUUAAUAUUAAAGGAACUUGAUAGUACCGCCAAAUGAAAUAUUCAAUUCAAUAUUAAAUUAUAGAACUAACCUAACUAAACUAACUUAUUGUUACUGGUGGUUACCAGUAACAAUAAUAUUCUAUAUGUGGAAACAAAUAGUUAAUAUUUUCAAAAAAUUGUAAUACUCGAUAAAAUGACACAUAUAAAUAGAUAUAAAUUAUAUUUGAAUAGUUUAUUGUUAUUGGUUAGAGUUUCUUUGCUGAAAACGUACACAAAUAUUGUAAUCUAAUCAAUGUAUUAAUUAUUAUUGUUAUCAAAUUCAACAGAUCAAGAUAAUAUUAAAUUAAUCAGUGUUUUUAAACAUAUGUAGUAUUAUUUUAACCAACAGUUCAUAAAUGUAUUUCAUUUACUCAACCUUACAAUAAUUAAAAUGAGUAUACCUAAUAUAAUAAGUACUAAUUAAUUAUAUUAUUUUGUAUACCUUAUUAAAUAAUAUAUUUUUUUGUGGAUAAAAUAUUUAGAACAAAUAGAAAUACUUAAAAAUGUAACUAACAGAAGGUUCAUUAUAAGUCAUAUUUAGUGGUCAAAUAAAAAAAAAGUUAAGUGUAAUGAAUUUUUUUUAUAAGAAUUUUAUUAUUACUAUUAUUAUUAUUCUAAACAUGUGUAAUCAAACUUUGGUCUGAAUUAUUUUUCGUUGAAAUGUUUAAUAGUUGCAUACAGAUAGUUCUACUCUACUUUUAUCAUGUGUAAAAUCUACAAUUAUUUAAUAAUACUUAGC